UUUUUCGGUACGAUAAUCAGGCGCGAGGAUUUAAAAUUGUCCCAAGUCAUAAUACAGACAUGAUACGGGGCAUCGAGAAUUAAUAUUUUCCCUCGAAAAUGGGCAUCCCACGUGAUUGCGCGCAUUCGAAUUGCAAUGAGAUUUUCGAUUUUUACCAACCAGCCUCAGCUGCUCGUGUCAGGAUUUGAAGGAUGGCCUUUCCUCUGUCGCGAUUGCCGUUUCUAGCGCGAGACAGUCCAAAACUGUCACGAUUCGCGACGAUCGUGCUGGCCGAGCGUCAUAAAACGAGAAUCCGGGUGUUCCAUUCGCAUCAGCAUCAGGGUCGAAAGGUGUUCGAGAACAGAUCGAGAGAGUUCUUAACCUGUACUGCGCUCAUUUCGGCGGUAGGUCUCGGCUAUGUUUUGUAUAACUGGAAAGAUGUCAUAUGGCGGAGAAUCGAAAAUCUGGCUGUCCCUAAUUGUCCCGUCAUUCGUGCCGUUUCAUUGCCGCCGUCCAAUGGUAAUCAGAACAGGGAUAGGUACAAUUUUAUAGCGGACGUAGUGGAGAUAUCCGCGCCAGCCGUAGUUUACAUUGAGAUCAAGGACAACAGGAGGAUAGACUUCUUUACUGGGAAACCAGCUACCACUAGUAAUGGAUCAGGAUUUAUCGUUAAUCAGGAUGGUUUAAUAUUGACAAAUGCUCAUGUUGUAGUAAAUAAGCCUAAUACAACAAUGAAGGUGCGUCUUUAUGACGGAAGUACAUAUACUGGAGUAAUAGAAGAUGUUGAUUUGCAAAGCGAUCUUGCUACUGUGCGAAUAAAGAAGACCAAUCUGCCUAUAAUAAAGCUUGGUAGCUCAGCCAAUAUCAGACCAGGAGAAUUUGUAGUAGCUAUUGGGUCUCCAUUAGCUCUUAGCAACACUAUAACAAGUGGAAUAGUAAGCAGUGUAAAUAGACAAAGUCAAGAACUUGGAUUGCAUAAUCCACAUAUGGGAUAUAUUCAGACAGAUGCAGCAAUUACUUUUGGAAAUUCAGGUGGACCAUUAGUGAAUUUAAAUGGGGAAGCAAUAGGGAUAAAUGCAAUGAAAGUGACGUCUGGAAUUUCAUUUGCCAUACCUAUAGACUACGCAAAAGAAUUCUUGAAAAAAGUGGAAUUACGUAAGAAAGACAAAGGCGUAACAUUUCAAGCAGGACCUAAGAGAAGAUAUAUGGGCAUCACAAUGCAAACUCUGAUGCCAGAUACUUUACUUGAAAUGCAACAAUAUAACGAGUACAUGCAUGUUAGGCACGGAGUCCUUGUGUGGAAAGUAAUGCUUGGAUCUCCAGCUCAUAAUGCUGGAUUACAGCCUGGAGACAUAGUAACUCAUGCCAAUGGUGAUCCUGUGGUGGAUUCAACAAAUAUUUAUAAGGUUUUAGAACAACCAGGAUCGAUAAAAUUGCAAGUUGUAAGAAAAGGAAAAAUUUUACAUAUAACGGUUGAACCCGAAGAUAUAUAGCUGCAUACUUUACAACUGGUUCAUCAGUCACAUCAAAUCGAGCCUCCAGUAUACACGCCUUUUGGUUGUACAAUCGUUUUAAUUCAAAUAUACACGAGGGCCACUUAGCGACUUAUGAAAUUUAUCAAGCGAGAGAGCGUUCAUUUAUCUACUUUAUCUGUUGGUAUUUUUUGAUCACUGCAAAAAGCGAUGUCACAUCGCGCAGAUAGCCUUGCGUCAAGUCCUUGCUGCGGUAUGUAUAUGUACGCGAAUAUAACUCGUGCAUAGGUACGUAAUGCGUGUAUGUGAGUGCAUAUGUACACGGGUGUGGCUCCUUCGUGGCUCGACUGCAUUAUGUUUGUUGUUUACGACGUAAAGCGACCUGCGCAAAUAUGUGACCGGAUCUCGCGGCGGACGAUGCGGUGAAGUUGCGUAGGCGGUGGUCCUUUACGUACGAGGCUUCCAUCAGCGGCGAUUUUUCCGUAGGAAGAGGGAGGAGGGAAAAAAGGAAGAAAGGAUUUUACUGUCUGUGGACGCGUGCAUCUUGUUGGAAUUCUAAAGCGUCGUUCCGUCGAGAUAUAACUUCAAACGUUCGCGUCGAUCCGCCAGGAUCUAUAAAAGGAGGAAGAAGAAAUGCUGUUCGCGGUGGCUUGAUGAUUUCUCUUCGCUAUUCUCGCGCAUGCAAGAGAUACCAUUGAUAUCCGAUGUUGCGUGCGAUAAACGAUAAAUUAUCAAUGGUAACUUUGCCUCGAUGGCAGGAUGACAAGAAUAGAAAUAUAAUAGUUGACAUUGAGAUGAUAAAACGAUGAAUUUGGUCAUUAAGGUAUUCCUUGUCAAAACUUGAAAUGAUUUUUUAUUAACAAAAUUAAUGAGCUCUAUAUACAACACGAUUUUUAUGCUAUUAAAAAACAGAGUAGGCUUUAGAAAGAUGUGGGUAGAUAACUAAAUCUCCUUUUCGAAUUAUAGUUUACACAACUAAUUUGAAAUAACUUGCAAAAGAGUGUUAUCUUUGUUAUAACUUGAAGCUUGUGAAGAAAAUGACAUUGAAAAAAAUCGGUAGAAA